ACAUUCAAAACUCGUGAAGCAAAGCGGCAGCAGGGUUGGCAGGCCUGGGCCGGGAACAGCCAGAUGACGGAUCAUUCGCCUUCAAUUGCCAGUUGCCCGUGAAGUGUUGACUCGGAAGGAAGCCACUUUGUUGCCCCUGAAAUUAUCCAAUAAGACGGAUCUGUUCGGUGCAACAUGAGUGGCGGGGAGCCGAGGCCGUGCGAGGCGGCGGCGGCGGGACGCAUGAAGCUCGUGUGGCUCGGCCCAGAGGCGCGUGACGUCAGUCUCUCUCAGCAGAUGCACCUCAUCCGCGGAAUGACACACCCGCGGCAGCAGGCCAGAGACUCAGCGCCGAGUCUCCAGCAGACUUAUGACGUGACGCGUAUGCUGCAGAUGGCGCGAGACUCCUCUGCAGCACAGCAGCAACAACAACAGCAGGAGUUACAGCAGCUGCAGCAACAACAACAACGACAGCAACUGCAGCAGCAGCAACAACAACUGCAGCAACAAAUACAACAACAACAACUACAGCAACAACUACAGCAACAACUGCAGCAACAACAACAACAGCAGCAGCAGUUGCAGCGACAACAGCAGCAGCAACAGUUCCAGCAGCAGCAAACGCAACAGCAGCAGUUACAACAAGAACAACAACAAAAACAACAAAGUUACCAACAACAGGAGCCCCAUCAGUCGCAUCAGCAGCAGGAAGAAGAAAAACAAAAGGAACAACAGUCCCAUAAUAUUUCUAAGCAGCAGCAGCAACAGGGACACAAAUCUCUUCCAGCCACAACAAACAAACAGCAAACUCCAGAAGCUCCACCAAAUCAGCUGUCACAAAACAGCAACGCCACCCCCACGCAGCAGACGAAGUUGCAGCAGCAGCACCAACAACACCAGCAGCAAUAUAGUGGCCCACAGGAGCACCAGCACCAGGAUAUACAUUAUCGCUUCAUCUCUACAGGAUGCCGACACCCGUUGGAGAAGGCCGCAGGAGCCUCGGCCCCCGGACCCCCCGUGGCCCUCCCACUGUCGGCACACCCGCUGCUGCAGGUUGACAAGUUCAAGCCGUCCCACCAAAUAUCCUACCAGGGCUGUGGCAGCGGCGGCAGCGGCAGGAAGGCCCGCUCCUCGUACACCGUCCAGCAGCUGCAGCUCCUCAACCGCCGCCUCCUCCGGACCAUGUACCUGGCGCAGCACGAACGAGGCGAGCUGGCGGCCAUGGUGGGCCUCUCGCAGACGCAGGUAAAGAUCUGGUUCCAGAAUCGUCGGUCAAAAUACAAGAAACUGAUCCGUGCAUCGCAUCGCCACUCGCACCCCGCCAAGAGCUCCCCGUCCAACGCUCCUCCACGCAGACGCUGCAAGCUGAAAUCCCCCUCGCCGCCCCUCGGUGCCCAGGCGGGGAUGCUGGCCAUGCGUACUGUGCCCUACACGGUCCCCCCUACAACCUCCUACUACGAUUACCCGCUCUCGAUGGCCGCCAUGUACAGGGGUGUACAUUUCCCGCUGGCGCAGUUUAAUCCAGCGCUUCUGUUUAACCAAGGAACUCGUCAAGGAGAGGCAGCUACAUCCGUUGAUUCAAUUUUGCCGACGGUCAGCAGCACAUCAGUCGCUGCUGGUGCCUCUACUGUGGCUGGGCAGGCGGCGGCACACCACAACCCCGUCAGCUGUGCACCCCAGGCAGGCGUAAAGAAUGAGCUACUAACAAGUUCGGAGGCAACGCCCAGCGCCACAGAAUUCGAUCCCUACAAUCUAGGGCUCGUGUCACCGACCGUCUCCAAAAGCCUGGAAGCAGCUCUCUCGGUGGAAAAAUCGAAGCAAGUGGCAUUAAAAGCAGAGAGUGAGGGUGCCCCUGAGGCACAGGGAAGCCAGUACCGUGGACUGCCGGCUCUUCGUCUAAUUCACUUGAGCAGAGGAGAACUGUCCCGGGGUCGAGGGGUCAAUCUACGUUCUUACUCCAUCACGGAGGGCGAGUACGACAAGAUGGAAGAAGACACGCUCCCGCAGAGAAAGAUGCCAACGAGAGAGAACGUUUCUCCACCGAAGCCCAUCACUGGCUCUGCAUUUCAAUCCACAUCAGCCUUGCAGUACCCCGCCCCUAGACCAGCUGCGCCCCAGAAUCCUUUUCAAGCACAGGUACCCCCUGCUCAAGUUGACAGCCAGCCAAGCCUGCCGCAUACUGACUUAAGCCAAAGCAUGAAAAAGCGCAACGAGGGAUGGAUCGGCAACGCAGCUUUAAGUCACUCCUACACUUCUGAGCUGCCUCAGCAAGGGCCGCCGAGUGUGUGCCAAGUCGACAACCAGACUGUGGCUGGUCCCUCAUACGAGGAGUCUUGCGCUGACGUUAGGGAAAAGCUGCUCCCCAGCCUCUACAACAAUGCCUUCUACUCUGGCUACACUCCCUCAGGCAGCAUCUUCUACGCCUCGCCCAGUGACAAGUUUCCCGCUGUUACAACCCAAACGAUCGCCACCACCAGAGUCUUGGCUAAUCCAGCGACCACCGCCUCUCUCUCUUCCUCAUCCUCAACAUCGUCAUCCCCUCCUUCAUCAUCCCCCUUCCCCUCCACCACCGCUACCACAUCCGUCAGCUCCAAUGCCUCCAUCGCCACCGCCCUUGUCAACCCCAUGACCCUCCUGGCGGAGACCGAGGAGUGUGACGACGACGGCUUCCCCAUCGUGGAUGACACUGAUGAGUCUGAAUUUUCUGCCCUCGACCUGGUGAUGCUGAGCGACCACUAGCCGGACCACCAGAGGGCGAGGGAAGGGGAAGAGUGGGUCUAGACUCGCAAGACAUCAGUUGAAAUGUCAUGGAGAGACGUUAUUUUGCAUCCAGACAUUAUAAGUGUAUGCUUAUGGUUUAUCAUUAUAUUAAGGUAUCUUCUAUCUUUGUUACAAGUGAUUGUUUAAUUGCUUUGAUGUGUGUAUCCUUAAGCUAACAAGAAAUGUUACUGAAGUGUGGCUGUCUGGCUUUAAGUGGCUGAAGGAAACGACGCCAGCCUUGUUGCAAGUAGACAUGAAUUUCAGAUUGACACACACACACACACACACACACACACACACACACACACACACACACACACACACACACACACACACACACACACACACACACACACACACACACACACACACACACACACACACACACACACACACACACACACACACACACACAGCUCCCCCUCGCCAUGGCAAAGAAUAAAUAAAAUUCUUUGUAUUUUUAGAUUUACACCAAUUUAACCCAAGUUACUUUCAUUAUCCAUUUAUUAAUGUUUAGUCGUGCAGCUCAAGACUACAUUUUCUGUUAUUCAUUUUCCACAACGUGCGAAGGGAACGAACCGCCGCCCAGCUUUAGACAGGCCUGUGUAAAGCUCAGAAAUAAAAAUAGAAAUAUU